GUCAAUAAAAUGGAUUUACUUGGUUUCACGGCAAUGCAUCAUGCAGCUAGACACGGUCACUGGAACUGUGUGUCAUUCCUCAUUAGUUUUGGCGCCAAUAUUUGGAUUAUGGAUAACGAACUACAUACGGCUCUCGAUAUUGCGGCUCUUGAGAACAGGGAAGAUAUUGUGAAACUACUUGAUGCUGCCCAGAACGAACAAGUCAGGAAAAACCCAAAAGUUAUCCAAAAAUUGAAAGAAAAGGCGAUGAAAGACUCGGAUAAUAAUUUGAAGCAAUAUCAAAGACUGCAAGAUAAAGCAGCAAAAGACUUGGCAAAAGAAAAAAGACAAAUGGAAAGAGAAGAAAGCAUUCAGAACGGAAAUGAUUUCAAAGCACCGAGUAAGAAAAAUUUCGUAAAAACACUUACACAGAGAAUAAAGGGAAAUACGGCAAAGUCAAAGGCGACUCGUGGUAGAGCUGAAGCUUUUUCGGCCUUUGCAAACGGUGGAACAACCCGAGGCGCCUCAUCUCGUUCACGUAUAUCAGACGGGAACAAUGAAUUCAAUAUCAGUGAAGUAGAUGAUACUGGUAGGAGAACUUUGAGAUCAAUUCGUGGAACUGCCUCCAGAAAAGAUGGACAGGUAUUAUAUGUUAAAAACAUCGACAUAGAUGGUUCAGAUGAAAAGACAAUCGAUAAUAGCGCACGUGGUGCUAUUACAAACAUAUUUCCAGAUGCAGCUAUAGGUGGCGAUGCUAGAGAUUCGGGUGUUGACGAAAGUUUUGAAGAUGACGAAAGUGCCCCUGGAAUUUUUAAUCGUCCAAGUUUUGGAAACAUAUGUUUUCUUGGCAGCCACUUCCAACACACGAACAGUUUUCAAAAUCAAGCUAAUGUUUCGUUAGAUGAAACAGAUGCUGGAUAUCAAAACGGGGAUCUUUCAAAUGGUUUAGAUGGCAACAAUACUGAUGGUAAAAGAUUAAGUAGUGGGACAGAAUCAUAUAUUGAAGCUGAUAAAGAUUUGCCAUGGAAAGCAGAAGAUGUGGAAGAGCUAGAUGAUGAUGAAGAUGAUGAUUCUGAAUAUACACCAGUCAUCAUGUUCUUGGAAGGAUGCGGACUAAGACUAUACACACAUUUGUUUCUAGAUUCCGACGUAGAUAUGGAUGCUUUAAUGAUGUUAACAAACCAAGACUUUCAGGACAUGGGUUUACCUAUUGGACCAAGAAGAAAACUAAUGGAUGCUAUUCAGAGAAGACGAGUUGUGCUUACCGAACCUGCUCAAAUGUAUGACAGUCAAUUAUAAACAAAAAUAUACUGGAGGCUAUCAGCCAAAAAAUAUUAACUUAUUUUCAUCAAAAUAUAAUUUUCAUUUUCUCUAAGUCAUAUCACUUCUAACCAUCAAAUUUUCUGUAUAUUGAGCUUCGAAUAUUGUACAUUCCGCGUGUAUUCCGUGCCUCGUAUACUUCAUCCUUUUGUAUAUAUGGAUAUAUGUACAUGACCAUAUUUCUUUCAUAUUGAUAUAGUAUUAUGUUAUAAAGUUACUUUUUCGAUCUCUCAAAUUAAAUGCAUUUAAAGCUUUUUGGUAAAACUUCAAGGUCAUUGUCAUAGUGAAUUUAAAUAUUUUUAAUUCUAACACACUGUAUAUAUCGAGCUUGUAUGAUACAUAGUGGUCACCUAGUUAGAAUAUUGAUGUCUUGUAUAUAGAUGGGCAUAUUUAGAAAGGUAUUAAAUCAUAUUGUUGUAAAACAUGUGCUUUAUAUUUUACCCGUUAUUUAGGGUAUAAAUAUUAAAGCACGAUGGAAUGUUGCAUAUUUAUUUACAUAUUUACUAGAAACAUACUAACAAAAUGCCUGAAAGAUGUUAAGGAAUAUCUUACAAGAAUAAAACUUCAUUAUAUAUAGGCGGUCAUGACGCAAUUUGUCGGAGCAUAUAAACUAGACUUUGUUUGUUUAUCAUCACAUAAAGUCCGUGGAAUACUAAUGUUUAAUAUAAUUAUGAUGAAUUAGAGUUAUACAGGCUAAACACUGCAUUAGCCGGUGCUAGAGGGCGUGAGAGGUGUUGCCCCUUUCAUUAUCUCUCAUCAACAGACUCAAUUAAACCGAGCCUGUAAUGUUCACCUUUUUAUAAUGUUUUCGUUGCCUUCAAGGGAUAUCCCCUUUUUCAGAUAUUUAAGCUACAUCUUUAUGUAUUUAUGUUAUUAUAGGAGCUGAGCAAAAAUAAGUACUCAAGUAAAUAAGAAUAGCCAGUAAGACAAUUUUGAAAUUAAAUGAUUACAAUGAUGAAACUCCGUGACAUGUUUGUAUUAGUUAAAGUUAGGUCAGGUGAACUAAAGCUAGAAUAUUUUAAGAGUGACUUAUUUUUUUAUCGCAACGGUUACUCUAAGAUUGGCAACUGUAGCUUUUAUUUUUUCAAAAUAUUAAUCAGGAAAUCAUAAAUUGUAGAGUUGUGUUAAAAUUUGUAUAAUUAUUUGACCGUCAAGAAGGCUGUUUUGUUUUUAUCUUGUACUUGUUAUGUUUGACCAAGUAUAAUUUGGACAUUUUCUCAAUGAAAUAAAGAUUCUUUGAAAAAAAUAAGAC